UCUCAGUGGUGUACUUGCUUGUAUCCGUGAGGAGGAAAAAGAAGGUGUGUUGUUAUUGAGGACAAUCGAACGGCGAUCGUCUUCACAUCUCAGAACCAUGAAUGCGAGCUCGUCAAAAGUCCUUGCCGAUUCCUUCACCCCCGUGCCCGGCAUCAGCUCAUCCACUGUGCCCGCUCCCACCUCGACGACCCGCCGCCAUUAUGCAGUCGUUGGCUGCUUCUACUUUGGCGUACUCGGCAUUGCUCUGUUCCUCAGUUUGCCGUCGUCGCGUGUGUCCACGGGGGCAUCUACUUACGCUGUCUGCACCAGCCCGCCGUGCGUGGAAUACUCUAGCAUUCUGAGGAGUUCGCUGAACAGGACGGCGAACCCCUGCACAAAUUUCUACUCCUACGUAUGCGACGGCUGGACGCGCAAACAUCCCGGCCUCUCGGUCUACGAGAACCACUCGAGAGCAUUCUACGAGCGCGUUCGAACGUCUCUGCGCAGCGCCCCCGUACCUUCCGCGAACCAGAGCCCGUUUCAGAAAGCUGCACGGUUCUUCUCCACCUGUUUCGCGGCUGUCACGAGUCUCGCCGGCGAGGUCGUGGAGUUCAGGAGGAUCCUGCGUCAGUUCGACAUCAUCUGGCCCGACAAGAGUCGAAGACCUGACCCGUUGAGGUUGAUGGUGAGGGUUCACAACCAGUUGUGGCUGGACACCCUGGUCAACAUUCACACGGUCUACGUCGGUCCCGACCCAAUCAUUUCUGUGACACCGUCUCUGCUGAACUUGAAGACGAAGGUGGACAAGUUGAAAGCGUCAGGAAGGUACCGAGAAUACAUCGACGCUUUGAGCUAUUUCUUUGCCACGAAGAACAAGCAGAGCAGUUACGAACUACUGGAACACAUCGAGAAUGAAACGCUAGAAGCACUGAGCAAACACGCAGCGAUCAGCAACGUCAGCUACACCACGGUGGAAGGUCUCGCGGAGCUCACGCCGGGGAUAUCGACUCAGCGUUGGACCAUUCUGCUCAUCGAGGAAUUAAAUAUACCUAUAAACAAAGUUCAGUACGUUUACAUCAGUAAUCCGGCGCAUCUCCGUGACUUUGACGACCUGGUGACGCGCAAUGGCGACGACUACAUUCACUGGUACGUUGGGUGGCUGGUCACGGAGCACCUCGCACCGUACAUGAGUCUCUCAACCGCCCAGCUCGUUUACGACAGCGCAGAAGAUGCCAUGAAGGACAUGCCUUCCAGGUGCCUCAUACUGACGGAGCUCUAUUUCGGAUGGGCGGCGUAUCCCAUGUACGCGCGCCAUACUCUAGGCUCAAAUAAGCAAUCUGGACUUGCGGAAAUUGUAGCGUAUGUAAAAGCCGCUUACCUACAGCUGAUCCGUGGCAACGUUUCGCCAGCGACCGUUGACGUCUUGGAAUCCAUGGACAUCGGACUUUACCAUCAGUCCCUCAUCAGUGACGCUGAUAGACUGAAGAGUAUUUUCCGCCAAGUGAGCGAUCUGGGGAACUUAUUUUCCAGCAACUGGCUGCGUGUCGCCAAGGCGUAUUCCGCCCUACAGAGGACCACAUUUUUGCACGCGCACGCUACAUUACAAAAGGAACGCGGCCAUCCAGCUGCGUAUCACCUGGACAGAGGUGUCGGUCAAAGCCUCCACCUUCCGCCAUUCAUGGCCAGUAUUCCCUUGUACGAGAGCGGGCUCCCUGACGCCGUUGGCCUAGGAGCACUGGGCUCCGUGAUAGCCAGAAGCGUGUACUGGCAUUUGACGCCCAGCCCCGGCGAAGCGUCCGAAGAAAUGAACAGCGUGGUGGCAUGCAACUCGUCUAAUCCUGAAGUUAAAGGGGAGGAAGUUGCAGCGAGAGUGAUAGCGCUGGAUGUAUUGUGGUGGCUGUUGCGAAUUUUUGAGAAUGACUUGCGGCUGCCCGCGUUCGAGCACGUGAAGAAGGAGAAGCUGCUCUUCAUGGCCGGAUGCUUCCUCCUGUGCGGCGCCAAGAACGGAGAGGUGCUAUGCAACGAACCUGUUAGGCAUAACGCAAACUUUAACGGUACCUUCGGGUGCGGGCAGGAUGUGACGCCUGCAACGGAGUCGACGUGCGUCCGAGGUGGGAUAUAAGCCUUAGAACCCGUGCGGUUCACAUUGAUGGAGGACACGAAAUGAGCACCGACAAUUUUCCUACAAUCUUCCACGUAAACAUAAUACAUAAGUGAUCUUUAGUUAAAGUUCAUCACCUCCUGCAGCGCGGGUCUAUUCCAGCUGUUAGAUGGCGCUGGCUCUCCCAUCCACGGUCUUGAUUUUGAAUACUGGAAUAAAAUAAUGGUA